ACAUUAAUACUGUCCAUGAUAACUCUGCAAAAUUGUUCUUCUCGGAUUUCAUUGCAGAACAAAAGAAGGGCAAGCACACGCCUAGAGAACCUGGGAAUUCCAGAGGAAGAAUUGCUUAGGCAACAGCAAGAACUCUUUCAACAAGCUAGGCUGCAGCAGGCACAGGCUGAACAAGAAGAAUUCCAACAACUUCAACAAGCACAGACAGCAGCCUACCAACAGCAGUCGCAACAACAGCAACAACAACAAGAAGAACCAAUGCAGCAGCCGAGCACAUCUACUACACAACCUGUAGCCACACAGUUAAAUAAAUAACAUGAUACCUGUUGACAAAUUGUGGUGUUAUAGUAUGUUAAUACUUUAAUUAAGUCCAUCUGAAAUGGAAUUUUAAGUUGCCACACAAAAUGCACAUUUUGCAUUCCACAUAGUUUUAUGUUGGGCGAAAAAAAAAAUUUCAGUAGUUUUCAAGCUAUAAAGUUUGUCACUAUACUAGUUGACAAGGAGCACAAUAACAUUGUUGGUACGGUCUGUAGCAACCAUCGUUCAGGCUGAAGUAAAAAACAUACUGUAAGGUGUAUGUGUAUGCCACAAUGGAUAAAUUCAGCUUAGUUAUUUUCUCUUAUUAUUUAAUUUUUUUUUACUGAAAAGAACCACAAGAAUUAUUGCAAUAUUCUUGUGGUUUUCCAACCUUAAAAUGAUGCAUUGUUAAGUCUGAACAACUGACUGGCUGGCUGACCGAUUGACAGACUGACUGAUUCAGUGACUAACUGACUGACUGACCAACUGACCAACUGACCAACUGACUGACCGACCGGCUCAGUGACUUACAGAGUGACCGACUGAGUGACCGAUCAAUUUGCAGAUGGAAAGAUAUUCCCGUGAACUAACACCUAUGAAGUAAAAAGUCAUUAUUGUAUUCUAGUACAUCUAUAGUAAACAAUAAACAACAACUACAUUGUAGUGCA